CAAAGCACAUCAAAUCUGAUCCUUGCACUUGUACAUUUAAAUUCAGCGGUAUGCUCAAACAUUUGUCUAAAGGAACACCAAAAAAAAUUGUAGAUGAUCAUCGUGAACCAUUUGCCGAUUUAAAACUUACUUUUGAUGAAGAAAUAAAUCAAAGACCCCACAAAAAUAGCUAUUUAUCAUUUCUCUCAAAUGAAAACUUACAACAAUCUAAAACACAUCUAAAAGAGACCAUGUUGGAAGGAAUUAGAAAACUCAGCGAGACAAAGUUAAGGAUUCAAAGAAAAAUUGAUUUACAUGAAAAAAAAUCUCUAGAAAAAUUAAGCAAAUUAAAAAGAAAUAUAAAAUCUAAAGUAAAGAGUUUUAAAGUAACAAAAAAGAAUAGUUCAAUAAUUUGUAAAUGUCCAGAAAACAAUUUACUGUUGCAUAUAAAAAAAGAUUCUAUAAGCAAAUUUAAGGAUAACCUAAAGCGGAAAAAAAUGUUAAAAGACUGGGAGUGUCAUCCAGAGUGUUUUGAAGAUAUCUGUAUUCCAGAAGAGUGCUAUGUCAAGCUAAAACAUAAACGCUCACGACGUAAAAAAAAUGAAGACAAAUUAAUUAUUCGAGAUGAAAUGAUUCGUGAAUCAUUAAUAAAACCUAUUAUCAAAGUUCAACCGGAACAAGUAGGUGAAGUAGGUACUAUGCCGUUUAAAAUGAAUAAACAAAAACCUCGUUUACGAGCACAACAGACCCGUGAGAGAGUUAACCCUUGGCUCCAUUUUACCAACAAGGAAGAGAAAAUACUCAAAAAAGCUCAUGAAGAUAUUGAAAAAGGAGACCAUAAAAGUGCACGAGUACCGGGUAUUGCCGUUACAAAUAAAACUAGAGCUACGAAUUUUAAUAUAGGGCCACCUCGUGAAAUUGCAAGUCGACAGCAAGUCGAACGAAUAGGGUCAUCUGUUAAUUUUAACAUUGAAUUUUAUAAAAACAAAGGCGAACCUAAUACAAAUAUAUCUCGAUUAAAUUUAGAAAGAUUACCCGAUAUAACGAAACAAUCGCCAAUUAAAUACGAUCAUAGAGAAAGAAAAAAUAGAAAAAAAACUAAAACUGUUCAUCGCCGCCACCGAGGUUCACAAAUAAAAUUGAAAUACACAAAAACUGGUGGAGAUCAUUCAAAGAGUUGCUCUUCGUUCUGUCCUCUAAAAUUUACGUCCAAAAGAAAAAAACCCAAAAACAACACAAGUAUGAAUGAAAGAACGCAUAUAAAAGAAUCUUCAUCGACUUUCAAUACUGUCACCAAUAAUACACAUAAAAAAAUAAUCAAAUUACAGAAAAAAGGACAUAAAAGGUUAAAAAAAAAACAAAUAUUGCUACCGUAUAAAUGUGAACCUAACGUUUGUAUACCAGGAAUUUGCGACCCAUACCAAUGUAUCAAACUAAUAUAUACUAGGAACACAAAAAGAAAAGAGCAGUCGGUGCAGUGCGAUUGUUUAGUUAACAUUUCUCAAACUAAAAGAACCAAAUCUAUUCCAAGAUUAUCUUCAACGUCUUAUCCAUCUUUGAAAACUAAGUUUGCAAAUUCUUUGACUUCAUAUAAAAGAAGAAAAAUUAAAAAUAAAAAAAUAAAUAAAAAAGAAUAUAUAAACCGAACAAAUUACAGUAAAAAUAACCGCGAAGUUGUUCGAAUCGGUUCAAAUAUCAGUUUUAAUUUAGAAUUCUAUAAAACUAAAAAUCCUCAUCAUAUUAGCUCGCCCAAUAUCAAAAUAUUGUCAAACGGAUCUAAUGUAAAAUUAAAUAAAAAAACGAGAAGCCAACAAGUUCUAGCAGACAAAGCAACCACUCAUAUUAAUAAAAAACUCUAUAAAAAAGCUGGAUUUGAUACUACUCUUAAGAGAUGUUUUUGUACAUUGAAAAUUCAAGAGAAAAACAAAACUAAAAAGAAGAAAAUGGUCACAAUAGGAACUAAUAUUGUAAAUGACAUGAAUUCAAACACUAUAGUUACUUAUAAUAAAAGUACUAAGACAAAGAAAAAUCCGCCUUUAAAUUAUUUUGAAUGUGAAUCAUUUGUGUGUAUUCCAGGUGCAUGUGAUCCUUAUGAAUGCUUAGAUCGAAUUAAUAGAAAUCGUUUAAAAGAAGUCGGUUCAGUUACGGAACCUCCAGAGAAAGUAUCUGUCUCUAGCACUACAUAUUUGAAAAAACCCUUAAGAGCUAUUCAGGUGCAAUCUAAACCUCAGUCAAAAGAUCGUAAGACUUUGGUGAAAACCAAAAACAAUGCUAGUGAAAUAAAAGAAUAUUCACCUAGCGGUAAUUCUAAUCAAGCGGUAAAAAUUGGCUCAUCAUUUAGUUUUGAUAUCCAAUUCUUUAAAACCAACACAUCUGUAAAUAAAAUAAAUUCUAAGCCACAUAUUGAACAGAAAACUAAAAUGCGUUCUAGAAUACAAAAAAUUGGUAGAACGAGGAAAAAUAGCAAAUUGAAUGUUGCUAAUAUAACUACGCAAUCAAAACAAAGGAAUAAAGUUACUAAAUCUUCCAUGGCUGACCAUUUAAUAAAAAGAUGUUUUUGCACUCUAAAUUUGCAAAAAUACCGUAAAAAUCAAAAGGGAAAACAGGACAUUUUAACAACUUCUAUGUUUCCCAGGGACUAUAUGAUAAAUAGAGCAACGACUGCAUUCAAUACCAUUUUGACAUCCCAAAAGACAAAUAGUACAAGUGGCAUACAAAGCAAAGUUAAAGAUUCUAGUCCAAAACGCCUCCAGUCAAAACAAUGUCAAAAAAGUUUAAUUGUUCUAGAAAAACAGUCGCAAUGUUAUAGCUUAAACCAUAAAGGUGAUGACAAUUGGGAAUCAAGAAUAAGUUUUAUAGAAGAGAGAUUGAUGUCAUUAAAACAAACGGAAAUCACAAACCUAAGUCAAUAUAUAAGACAAUGUUUUUGCACGAUGAAUUUACAAUUAACAAAUAAAAAUAUGGCCGGGAAAAAACCAAACAGUACAAUACCCACUGGUUCUCGUAAACGAAUUAAGGAAUUCUCGAAAGGUAACAAAUCCUCUGUUCGAGUAGGAUCUAAUUUCAGUUUUAAUAUAGCGUUCAGUAAAAAUCUAUCUUCAAAAUAUUCCUCUCAUACUGGAUUAGACAAACCGAUAAGGAUUGAACCUAAAGAAGUAGAAACUAUUUUUACAAAAGGAAAUUACAAUACAUCUUUUGAACGACAAUCGCAAUCAGCAGCUAUUAAAUUAAUCCAUAAAGGAUCGGCUGCUAUGCCUUUAUCAAAAAGGUGCUUUUGUACAUUAAAAUUACACAAGAAGGGCAGAAAACAUAUGAAAAAUAAUCAAAAGUACACAAAUAUUACAGAUGUACCAAGUAUAACUAUUCCAAAAACACCAAACAACACAAUCAGCCGAGGGCAAAAUACAGAUUUUAAGCCCAUGAAAAUAGCCCAAUCAUUAAACCCUUAUGAAUGUGAACCGAAUAUAUGUAUUCCAGGCCACUGUGACCCUUACCAGUGCUUAGAAAUAAUGAAAAGAAGAAAUCUCCUUAAGCAAACAAAAGAAUCUGGUAUAGUUACAGUACAAAAUAAAAAAUCUGCAUCCAAUAUAACUGAUGAUAGUCGUUCUAAAAAGACGCAGAAAAGUAAUCAAUUAAAAAUGAAACCAAAGGCAAAUUCGGUGAAACUAUACAGAAACACUUCUGAAUCCGAUGUCUUUAAGGCAUCAAGACAACUAGUACGAGUAGGCUCAAAUUUUAGCUUUAAUAUAGAUUUUUUUAAAGAUCAGGGAUCACCAGUAGGUACACAUAAAACAACUAAAGAUUUCAAAGAUAAUAAACACAUAAAUCAAAGAAAAUAUUUAUCCAAUCUCAGAGAAACAGCUAUAAGCACUCCUAAAGAUUCUAAAUUAAAGCGACAUAAAGACACUGAAAUAAAAAAAAAUCCAAAUCGAAUUACUUCGACUAUGACAUCGACAUUCUUGAAACGUUGUUUUUGUACCGCCAAACUAAAGAAAGAUUCUUCGCCUACAUUUUUAAAUAAAUGUUUUUGUUUUAUUAAAUCAAUAAAACAUUCAACAGUAAAAAAUGAAGGAAUUCAUAUAAAUAAGGUACAUCAUGUAGAUAAAAAAAAUAAUACUAAAAAUGAAAAACGAAUAAGGUAUCAGCUUGCCCCUUACGAGUGCAAACCUGGCAUUUGUAUACCAGGAGAAUGUAAUCCAUACGAAUGUGAAAAAAUUCUAAAGAGAAACAGAAUGAGAACAAUGUCCAAGCUAUCUGGUACUACAGAAAUGAGUGAUUCGCGUUCUGUUUCUAUUGACAGUCAGAAGCAUAGAACGAAAAAUGCUAAAAUACAGUUGAAAAAUAGGGAAAAUUAUAAAGUUAACAAGACGCGCAAAAGAAGUCUUUCGCAGUCAUCUUUAAAACAUUCUGAUCGGCAAGUGGUGAGGAUUGGGUCAAAUUUUAGCUUUAAUAUAGAAUUUUAUAAAAAUAAACCAUCAAAGCAUCUCAUAAAAUUACCACCGAUACGACAAGAAAAGAAAGAAGUAAUUAGAAAGAAAUUGAAAAAUCAGCAGUCUGAGGUAAUUGCUACUCGUACACACAAGUCUCAGGCAGUUCCAAUUGGCAAAAUAGAUCCUUCAACAGGACAGAAACAUUUUUUGAAACGCUGUUUUUGUACGUUACAACUUCAUAAUCAAUAUUCACAUGAAGAAAAAAUUCAGAAAAAGAAAAUUAAACAAGAUACAAAAUUACGUGAUAAAAGUAUAAUGACAAAAACACCUAAACGUUAUGAAUUUAUUCUUGAAGAUUUUGAAUGUCCACCGGGCAUUUGUGUACCGAACCAAUGUGAUCCUUACGAAUGUGAACGAAUUAUAAAAAUGAGAAGAAAGCAACAGGAAUAUAGAGAAUUUGGAAUGUCGACUAGAAGCCCUAAGAAGUCUACUGUUAGUAAUGUAACACAUUCGUUGAAAAAAUAUAAGCAAAGUACUCAAACAAUAGGUCAUAGAAAGUAUCAUAAAAACACAAAUUAUAAUGCAAAGCCCAAAGAAGUAAUCUCAUCACAAAGAGUAAAAAUCGGGUCUAAUUUUGAAUUUAAUAUUGAAUUUUUCAAAAAUAAAAACAAUCAACAUCAUGGUCUUCAAAUCAAUAAACAACCUAAACCUGCCCAAAUAAACCUUAAACAUGAAACUAAAAGGAACGUGAGUAACGCCAAAACACAAAUGCAGAAGCAAGUAAAAUUUGCGAAGAUUAGUGACAAAAAGACGAAAUCCCAAUCAAAAAUGAUUAAUGUCUCACAUAAGCUCAAAAGAUGUUUUUGCACAUUGCUUAUGAAAUCUGCGAAGGAUAAGCAGAAACCUAUCAAAAAACACCAAAUAUCUAAUAUUGGUACUGAAACUCAAAAGCCGUUUGUGCCACAUACGAGUACAUUGUUGCCGUACGAAUGUGAACCACAAGUAUGUAUACCUGGAGAAUGUGACCCCGUUGAAUGUUUAGAGCGAAUAAUGAAAAGAAAUAAACACUUUGGAGCAAACACAAAUUUUUCACAGACAAAAUUUAGUGCUAGUACUAUGACCCCUGGAAAAACAAAAUUUAAGGCAAAAAAAAGUCAAUUUAAAUCGGUUAGUGAACUUCGAACCAAAAAUAAAACAAAUUUAAAGAAACAAGCUGUGAGAAUAGGGUCUAAUUUUAAUUUUAAUAUUGAAUUUUAUAAGGAUAAUGCGCCAUUCGAUCGCGCAACAAAAAAGCACAAUCAAAUAGAAGUACACAGAGGUAUAAAAAAAUCAGACUUUAAAGAAAACCAUCUAAAGAAAUCAUUUCAUAACGCUAAAUCUCAACUGCAAAAGAAAACGUGUGACGUAUUGACUUGUCCAAAUUUAAAAAAUAUACCAAAAGAAAAACAAACAAAUGUAAAUAAUAACAAAUCAUCCACUUUUAUAAAAAAAUGUUUUUGCGUUUUAAAACUACAUAAAUUAAGAAAUCGACGCAAGGAUGCUGCGACUACAUUUGACAAUGAAAGAAUUAAACAACAAGACUUGUCUUUUGUGCCAAAACAUAACAUUGCAAUACAACAAAGAUUAUUGCCUUAUGAAUGUGAACCAAAUGUAUGCAUACCUGGACAAUGUGAUCCUUAUGAGUGUGAAAAACGUAUAAAAGCACGUGAAUUGUGUAUUCGAAAUAAAUGUGAUAAAAAAUGUUAUAUGACACAAAAAUCGCAGAAUAUAUGUACCCAGAUAAAUAAUCCAUGUAUGGACAAAUGUAUAGGUGUAAGAGCAGGUGAAUAUAGAAAGAAAAAAAAUCAAUCAUCUUUAGCUCGCUCGGCUACAGCAAAAAGUACAGUAAAUAAACCUAGACUUGCUACUAAUUUGAAUAAGCAAGCUGUAAAAAUUGGCUCGAAUUUUAGUUUCAAUAUAGAAUUUUAUAAAAAUUCUCAACCAACAAUAGCACCUAUAACACCGGAAAUUAUUCAAGGAAGAAGUACCUUUGAAAAUGGCCAUAAUAAAAAUAUUAUCACCAAAUCAGCAAUUAGACGUAAUCGUGGAUCACAAGCUAAGGUUAUUACAUCAGAAGAUAAGAUAUUAGACGUACAAAAUGAAUUAAACAGAUGUUUCUGCACAUUGAAAUUACAAAAAAAUAAACAAUCAAGCUACCUUAAAAAAAACCACAAAUAUCCACAGUACCCACAAUCCUUUGAAGUAAGAAGAGUGUCUGUUAAACCAAAUUCUAAAUGGGCAACAAAGAAAAAUCAAACGCCAGUGCGAUCAGUUUCGACUCGAAUAAAUGAAAAGUACAUGAAAGCAAAUCAAAACGUUUGCGCAUGUACAGCUGGUACGAACACAAAAGAAAUGAAGACAAUUCUGCCAUUCACACCAAAUAAAUUUAAAGACACGACUAGUAAAACAUUCUUGCCUUUACAAAAUGAAAUGAAAAGUAGUAAAGAAACAAAGCGAGGUUUAAAAUUAAACAAGAAAAAAAGUAAAAGACAAAUAAACUAUAACGAACAAUUGCUUAAAGACGGUAAACCAAAAGUAGGAAGUAUUUCUAAUAUUAAAGGAUUCUUAUGUAGAUGUGCUGGUGUAUUUUUAAAAAAACAGAAAAAGGAUUCAAUAUAUACUACAAACCAUAGAAGAAAUAAUAAUGAAAAUGAAAAGUAUAUGUAUAAUGAUGAACCAAAACGUUUAUGUGAAAAUAUGUGCUUUGACAAUCUAAGAAGCUCUAAAAGUGAUCGAAGGCCAAUAGAACAAAAUGUAAAUCAAAAUACGAAAGUGAGGAAAUCAAAGAGUCUCAAAUUAGAAAAUAAGAAACGAAAUCAUGAAAAGAAGAAUAUUAAAGAAAGUAACAAAGUUCAAGUGAGUUCAAAAUAUGUUAAGGUCCCUAAUACUGAUAAUAAUGGUAUAACUGUGUCAAUAAAACAAAAUAAAAAAAAUUACAGAGUAUUGUGUUCUCAUUGUAAUGUGGAAAUACAAAAGAAUAAAAGUAGUUGGCCUCCUGCAAAAUCCAUCCAUUUUGAUGACAGAAUAUCUUUAGACGAGACGAAAGGUAUAAGAAAAGUUGUUAAGCCAGUAAAAAAAGAACAAAACAGAAAUGUAAAUUUAAUAGAAUCUGAAAACUGCGCAUGUUGUAAUUUUUGUGGUGGAAGAUUUAAUAAAGAAGAAUUACUAAAAGCAGCAGGUGAUCGUUUGAUAGACGAAUCACUCAAAAAUCGAAAUAAGAUAGUUAAUCCCCAAAAAAUAAAAGAUUUAUUUAAAUUUAUCAACGUUAAAAAUACAGAUAACAAUUUAAAAAACUGUAGGCAACAAAAAGAAGAAAGCCCAUUAUUUGAAAUGCAGUUAAAUAGUGAGCUCUAUGACAUCAUAAAUAAAGAUGAAGUUAUCGACAAUAUAACUAAAUUAAGUAAAAUGAGAGUAAAAGAUAAAACUGAAUUGACCAAGUCUCAUAAAAAAUCAUGUCGAUGUUGUAUAUGUCUUGGUAAAAGAAAAAGACUGACGCCAAAAGAACUAAUGGCGAAAAACUUGAUACCAAAACAACUGACGCCCAAAAAAAUUGAUGCUAAAAAAAAGGAUGCUGAAAAAAAAAAGAAAAAGGCCAAACCAUGUACUUGUGGCAGUUUUGUUUGCUCUAAAAAAAGCCAGAAAAUGAAUAAAGAUUUGGUCAAAGUACCCGUUCGUGAAAAACGCUGGAAACCAUGUGUAUGUGGUAGUCCGAUUUGUGACCGUGAAUCUGCAACUAUGAAAUCCUUAUCAUCUCGCCCCGAAGAAAUGACGUGUAUAUGCCAGGAAAAAAUAAAGGCGAGGAAACUAAAAAUCCGAAAGAAAGAGGAAAAACAGGUGGCCGAACGUCGCGCUGAUAUAAGGAAAAAACGAAAUGCAGAGGAUCGAAUUCGUAGAAAACUUAGAAUGCGACGAGAUAAAGAAAUGGAGAGAAAAAUUAACACAAAGUCAAGCGAUAUAAUUUUAGCAGCAGAGUCGCUUAUUGACAUUGGCAAAUUAGGAAUAACGGCUUGUACUGAUAUAUUACGUUCAGUCGCAAGAUGUACUUCAGAUCCCAAGCAAGCUUACUACACGCUUAAAUCUAUGAAAGAAGAUCCAGAGGUAAUAAUGAGUACUUUAAAAUCAGCUUACCAGGAUAGUGGUGUUGCGGCGACGGCGAAACGGGUAAGAUUAAGGUGCUUGUCUAUGAGAGGAGUUAAACGAAUUAAAAAUAAACUAGAAGAAAACGCAGUUACAAAUUUUAUGUUACACAUUGCUGAUAAUGACCCGAGACGUCGAGUCCUUAAGAAGAAGCCAGCCCCAGUCCGUCUUCGGGAACGACUUGACUACGGAUGUAGUCUAUACAUGGGUUCCCUUAGAAAGAGGCCAUAUUUAUCAAUUUAUGACCGAUGGCCACGGUUCUAUCCUCACUUUUUGUCUCUUCUCAACGUGUGGAAGCAGUUCACUGAUAUAAUGUUAUUUUUACUAGCUGUUGUUGUAUGGAGUCCUUGUAUUUUAUGUAUGGAAGCCUGUAGAGCUAUAAUGUGUUGCUUUUUCUGCACUGGGUGAUUUUUUGUAUUUUUAUUUAAUAAAUUAUUGUUUCGUAA